UUGCAGAAGAUACUCGUACGGGUCACAUUGGGAGGAAGAUAAACAUGACAAAAGAGCCAAAAAUGGAUUUAAUUCUAAGCAAAAGAAAAAUUUUGACUGUAAAUAGUUAUUGCAACAAGAAACCCCAUACGGAAAACCAAAGAGAAUUCUUCUUUCUGCCGCUUCACCUUCAUCCUAAAAUUCCCCACUUUUCUUUUCCGGGUUGGUUUGUUAAUUAUGUGUUAAUUAAACAAACAGAGGAAUUUGUGCAACCCAUCUCACAUUGUCUUAUGCUUCAAUCUUCUUAGCUAGAUGGGUUUCUCUUUUUGGGUCAAUAGAUGCCAAAAUAUAGCAGUAGGACAGAGCAGAGGAGAGAGACAGGGGGGAUGAGAUAAGCAAUCGAAGAAAUUUUUCACCAUGGAAGAAGAGUUGUGUAGCGUUAUGCCUUCUGAGGAGAAUAAAGAUUUGGCUGAGAAGAACAAGAAACGAAAGCUCAAGACACCUAACCAGGUGAUUGCUUUAGAGAAGUUCUAUAAUGAACACAAGUAUCCUACAGAGGAAAUGAAAUCACAGCUUGCGGAGCAGCUGGGGUUGACUGAAAAGCAAAUAUCUGGAUGGUUCUGCCACAGAAGAUUAAAAGACAAAAGAUUUUGUGAAACAUAUGCAAGUGUACGGCAGGAUCGUUCCAGUGGUGUUAUUCAAGAUCAUGGCAGUGGGCUUGCACAAGAUUCAUGUGGUAGCACGAAAAAUGGAGACUAUUGGCAUAUUGAUCCUCGUGAAGUUGAAAGUCAAAAGCCUUAUGGCCAUGAGCUUCCGGCUUCAGAUAAUGUCAUUGAGCGUAGGAAUCAAUUUACAGAAAAUGUUAGUAAUAUGGAUAAUACAUCUUCAGAAAGCAGCUCUUCUUUAAAAGAUAGGUUAUUAUCUCAAAGUGAGAAUCCAUAUGAUACAGAAGUUUCACGGUAUUUAACACAUGAUGGUGCUAUUCCUCCAUCAAAUCCUAAGGUUUUAAACUCCCUGCGAUAUAAACCAUCAGGCUAUUUAAAAGUGAAGGGCGAAGUGGAAAAUGCUGCUAUUACUGCUGUGAAGAGACAGUUGGGUGUGCAAUACCGGGAGGAUGGUCCGUCGCUUGGUGUUGAAUUCCAGCCUCUUCCUCCUGGUGCAUUUGAGUCCCCAGCCAAAGGUCCAAUCCAUGAUUCGUACUAUGUCGGAAACCCCAUACUUCCCCGUUCUCCAGACGUUUUGACAAUGAAGAAACAAAGAGCUCUUGGCUCUAGGUACGAAGUACAUAGUUCAAAUAUGAGUUCUCAGGACUCAUAUAUGGAGGAAGCAAUCCCCACCAGCACUACAUGUAGACCUGAGUCUCAGGACAAGAAUUCUACCAAACAAUUAAAGAAAAGUUCCAACUAUUACAACAAAACCAAUCCUUUUCCCCGCCAGAACUCUCCCUUGAAUAUGUAUGAGGAAUCCGGCGGGUUAACAUUUUCAAAUAGUAGCAAAAGGGAUCAUAGAAUGAGCUCUACCUAUAACAUUCCGAGAAGUAGAACUGAUUCUGUUUCCAACAAUCAUGGCUCCUAUACUUCAAAAGUUGCUAGUGAACAGACAGAGGUGCAGCUGCAUAAUCAUGGUAGUGCCGGCCCGAAAAGUCUUUAUAAGAGUGGCUAUUUGGACUAUAAUUCUAAAAAGAUGUCCAAGGAAAUAUUCAAUGGCGAAGAAAAGGAAGUAAAUGAAUGUAGUGAUCCAGUCAGAGGAAAGAUCCCAUCAACAAAUGAAAUUGCUGUCGCAAAUCGAUGUCAGUUGGACUUCCCUCGGCCUGACUAUGCUGUAAAAGCAUCAUUUUCUGAAAAACUGGGGCGGAAGAAUCAUAUUAGAAGAUCCACAAUGGAGAUGCCAUACAGCUUCACUGUCGAUGAGGCUGAUGAUACCAGUUCAUCGUUGGAUUGAGCAAUAGUAGAAGUUUGGCGGGAUCUCGAGACUCAGAGUACAUAGUUUGGAAUUACUGUAAAUUGGGUAGCAAUAUUAGUGAGUUGCAGCAAACCUUAGGCAGAUUCUGGCUGUCAGGUUCUCUCCCUCUCCCUCUCCUCUCUUGUGUAUAAGUACAGAGCCUUCAUUAUAACUGUCUUUCUGAGGAAAAUGCGACAAGGUGAAGUCUAUCUUCUCUCCUCUCCCUUCUGUUUUUGCGUGUGGAUCUCCUAUCGGGUUCGGUUUCUGGUCACGUCGAUUCGUACUCGUGUAAUUUUGUUUUAUUGACAGAAGCAUCGACAGUGUAUUAUAACUGCAUCGUCCAUUUGCGACUCGAUAGUUUUGUUUCAAGGCACUGUUUGGAAGUCUUAACUAAUAUGUCAGAUCUUACAUUUUGAGCUAUUUAUUUGUUCACCAAAAGGGGUACUCACCA